AUGUUGUCAGACAUUUGUCAUCGCCCUAUUCAGGAAAUCAUAAGAUCACUCACAAGCUUUCAAGCUACAGACAUGAAGCGGUUGUUUUGGCUGCCUUUCCUGCUCGUCCACCUGGCCAGGACAGGAAGCACACAAAAAUCAGAGAGCUGCUUGUUGCAGCCCAAAGUGAUGUGGAACAAAAUAGGAAAAAAAGCUGUUCUAAGUUGUAUGGUUAAUUCAAACUGUACAGCUGCACACCUGCAGUUCAAAUGGUUUGUGGUCAAAGAAGGUUCCCAUGAGCAUCUUAAAUUGACUGAAAGGCACAGUCUGAAUAUAGAGUCUUUGGAAAUUAAAUCACUUAAUGUCAGCGACACUGGGAUCUACCUCUGCGCUGCAGAAGAAACAAAAGGAGCAGAAUGCUGCCUACCCUUUGUAGGAGAGGGAACAGCUCUUAUAGUGGGAGAAAGAGCUAAAUCAAGGGUGAGGAACCUCCUAUUGUGGUUAUCAUUUACCCUCUUGGCCAUCUAUAGCUUGGCUUUAGUGGCACUUAUCAUUGUAAGGAAGCAUGGCUGUAACCUGACCUUCAGCAAAAAGACAUCUAAAACUCAAACGGAUAGCUUAAUGAACAAAACACAGUUCAGAGAUGUCCUGCAAGAACUCCACAGCAGGCGGAAUUUGAACAAAAGGAAACAAAGUACAAGCGGAAAUGGUACCCAAGUUGAGGCAGUAAGUGUUGACGUCAACAUCCCUACCGAUGACAUCUACCAAAAUGUCUAAGGUUCAUCUUACGCUGUUAAAUGACAGCUUCAGGAGGAUAUUAAAACGCUAUGAAACGUGUGACUGUUACGUGAAUAAGCGAAUGACAAUUGAGUCAGGGCACUGGUUGGUCUUCAAGUUUGCCAAUUAAAUGAGAUAUUUACUGCA